GUGAGGAAGUUGUAGUUCCACGUCCGAGGCUCCCGGCAGCAGCAGCGCGUCUCUCCGGCGGUCCACUCGGGGAGGAAGAUGGCGGCGGUGGAGCGGCCGCCUGUGAAGGAGGCAGUGCGGAUCGCACUGCUGUGUCUGUGCUGGUACACGGUCAGCUCGGGCGGUAACGUCGUCAACAAAAUCAUCCUGAACGGAUUCCCGUACCCGGUCACCGUCUCGCUCUUCCACAUCCUCUCCAUCGUGCUGUUUCUGCCGCCGCUGCUCCGCGCUUGGGGCGUCCCGAAAUCUGAAGUACCUGCUCCGUACUACCGCUGGUACAUUCUGCCCUUGGCGUUUGGGAAAUAUUUCUCCUCCGUGUCGGCGCACUUCAGUAUCUGGAAGGUUCCCGUGUCCUACGCGCACACAGUAAAAGCCACAAUGCCAAUAUGGGUCGUGCUGUUAUCACGGAUUAUUAUGAGGGAGAAGCAAACCACAAAGGUCUAUGUCUCCCUGAUACCCAUCAUCAGUGGUGUCCUGUUGGCUACAGUGACUGAGCUCUCAUUUGAUAUGUCAGGAUUAAUCAGUGCUCUCGCAGCUACACUUUGCUUCUCUUUGCAAAACAUAUUCUCCAAAAAGGUUUUACGUGACACAAGGAUACACCACCUCCAUCUACUCAACACUCUUGGCUUCAAUGCAGUUUUGUUCAUGCUGCCCACAUGGGUUUUAGUUGACCUGUCUACAUUUUUGGUUGAUGGAGACUUUACCGAGAUUUCCAAUUGGAGUGGAACAUUGGUGUUGCUCAUCAUCAGUGGCUUCUGCAACUUUGCACAGAACAUGAUUGCCUUUAGUGUGUUAAAUCUCGUCAGUCCUCUGAGCUAUGCGGUUGCUAAUGCUACAAAGAGGAUCAUGGUAAUCAGUAUAUCAUUACUGAUGCUGAGAAACCCUGUUAACUUGUCCAACAUCUUGGGGAUGAUGACGGCCAUCUUGGGAGUCUUUCUGUACAACAAGGCAAAAUAUGAUGCGAACCAAGAAGCAAAGAAGAAAUUGCUGCCAGUCUUUUCACAGGACACGAUUUCAUUUGACAAACCCCAGUCUAAUGGCUCCGUGUCCUUAAAACAAGGCUCAGAAUUUCAGUACAGCCGGACCAACAUGCUCAGCGACCACUUCCAGUACAGCAGGCAGGCCUACACAACGAACUAUGCCUCCAACCAGUAUGUCGUCUAAGUGGAGAGAAACUGAUCAAUGAACCUGUUUAGCUGUAAAAGAACACUGUAUUUAGUGUGGAACUUCGUUUUUCUGUGCCAGAUCCUCUUAUUUAUUUCACUAUAUAUUUUUUUUUUUUCAGUAGUUUACAAAAAUUCUCAUUUAAUUGAGGGUGUAAAUCUUUUAGCCUUGGUGAAAUACAUUUAUGGGCUAAACAAUUUUCAUUAUUAAAAUACUGUGUAUCAAUUUAAGGUGUUAUGGUUGCUCUCAAUAUUCUUUGAAACGGGGAAGGCCUCAGACUUUGGAACUGCUACACACUGGGGAAACAUGUUCUCAUUACCCAGAAAAGACGAUUUCCUAAAUUCAGAUAAUUGGAACGCUGCUUCUACUUGAUAAAUAUUUUCCUGUAUUUAUUUUUGUAGAUGUUCUAAGUGAGGCAUAUCAUGAAGUCUAUGAAUGUGUAAUGCCUGGUAAAGGCAUGCUCUUGUUAUAGUCGGUACUUUCUUGGUAAUCAGUGUUUUGAGAGCCGGUUCUAAUCAUUAUACGGACCUCUAGUAAUUAGGUUUCUUUGUGGUUUUCGUUUGGAUUUCAGAGGGUGUGUGUUUUUGUUUUAUUGAUCAUUUAAACUUUGUAAGUAAUGCGGAUUCUUUGAUAGAAAGUUGCAAUGCAAUUUUACUGUUUUAAUAUCAGUCUUCAGUACUUUUCGGAAUGGGCAGAUUAUUCAGCAGUGGGUCGGAUACGCAAGUAUUAAACUCCUUCUCGAUGGCCA